GGCACGCGGGCGCUGGCGUUGGAGUUGGCGUUGGUUCUCCGGAAGGCGGCAGUGGCCUAGUUGGUGGCCUUGGCCUCGGGGUGGUGCGGAUGGAGUCGCCCAGAGAUUGCUAGCGGCGGGGCUGCGAGGCCAGGGAGAGCCCGGGAAGCCAACCUGGGCCUCCAGGGCAAGAACACAACCCAGCUUGAGCCCAGAGAUGGCGUUUAGUGACAGCUUCAGUCUGACCUAUCCUCACAACCCUUGCCCAGGAGACUUGAUCGAAGUGUUCCGUCCCGGCUAUCAACACUGGGCACUGUACUUGGGUGAUGGCUACGUUAUCAACAUUGCACCUAUGGAUGGCGUCCCUUCACCAUUUACAAGUGCCAAGUCUGUGUUCAGCACAAAGGCCUUGGUGAAAAUGCAGCUUUUGAAGGACGUUGUGGGAAACGACACAUACAGAAUAAAUAACAAGUAUGAUACAACAUACCCUCCGCUCCCUGUGGAGGAAGUGAUACAGCGGUCCGAGUUCGCUAUUGGGCGGGAGGUAGCCUAUGACUUACUGGUCAACAACUGUGAGCAUUUUGUGACCUUGCUCCGCUAUGGAGAAGGAGUGUCAGAACAGGCCAACCGAGCAAUAAGCACCAUUGGGUUGGUGGCGGCUACUAUUGAUAUCUUCACAUUCCUCGGCUUGUUUCCAAAGAGACAAAGAACAAAAUAUUAGCAGCUUAUUGAAGAGAUUGCAAUUGAAGGAAUUCGUGAGGAGAAUGAGAUUCUUGGGUGAAUACUUAUUUUGAAUGCAUCAUUAUUUCUCCCGGUUCCCAUGAUGGAUGGCAGACUCUAAUAAAUUGCUUGCUGAUUUUAAUCUUA